AUGUCUAAAGUUUCUCGUGAUACUUUGAACGAGGCUGUCGCCGACGUCCUUAAGGGAUCCGUCGAGAAGAAGAGAAAGUUCAGAGAGACUGUUGAGCUCCAAAUUGGACUUAAGAACUACGAUCCCCAAAAAGACAAACGUUUCUCCGGAUCCGUCAGACUGAAGAACAUCCCUCGUCCAGCCAUGAAGGUUUGUGUCUUCGGAGAUCAACAACAUAUUGAUGAAGCCACUGCUGGAGGAAUUCCAUGCAUGAGCGCUGAUGAUCUUAAGAAGCUCAACAAGAACAAGAAGCUUAUUAAGAAACUCGCCAAGAGCUACGAUGCUUUCAUCGCCUCUGAGUCUCUUAUCAAGCAAAUCCCACGUAUCCUCGGACCCGGUCUUAACAAGGCUGGUAAAUUCCCUUCUGUCGUUACCCACUCUGAAGCCCUCAGCGUGAAAGUUGAAGAGAUCAAGGCUACCAUUAAGUUCCAGAUGAAGAAGGUUCUCUGCCUUUCCGUCGCUGUCGGACACGUCGAAAUGAGCCAAGAAGAACUCGUUUCCAACGUCUCUCUCUCCAUCAACUUCUUGGUCUCCCUCCUUAAGAAGAACUGGCAAAACGUUCGCUCCUUGAACAUCAAGUCUACCAUGGGCAAACCCCAAAGACUUUAUUAA